AUGGUGGAUUCGGGAGUUGGGAUAACGGUUUAUUCGUUGACUAUCGCGGUCUCAGCGAUGUGUAAGGUUGGGGAGAGUGUUAAGGCUAGGGAAUUGAUGGAUGAGAUGGUUGUGAAAGGGGUUAGACUGAAUGCGAAUAAGCAUAAUGCUUUGAUUGAUGCGCAUUUGAAGAAAUCGGAGUUUAGGGAAGUGGAGGUGAUUCGUGAUUUGAUGAAGAGGGAAGGAGUUUCGUAUAAUGUGGUGGCUUAUACCUUGUUAAUCAAGUUUUAUUCGCUAUUGGGAAAGAUUAAGGAUGCACAGAAGGUGUUCGAUAAAAUGCUUGUGAAGGGUAUAGUUGCAGAUAUUUAUGUGUAUACUUCGAUGAUUAGUUGCAACUGUAAGGUGGGGAACUUGAAACGGGCUUUCGAAUUGUUUGAUGAGUUGACGGAGCGAGGGCUUGUCUCGAACGUGCAUACGUAUGGCGUGUUGCUGAAUGGUGUAUGCAAAGCAGGGGAGAUGAAAGUUGCUGAAGUUUUGUUGAGUGAAAUGAAAAGUAAAGGUCUUGAUGUGAAUGAUGUUAUAAUCAACACAUUAAUGGAUGGGUAUUGCAAGAAAGGGUUGAUGAAGGAAGCUCAUAGGAUAAGAAGCGAAAUGGAAGCAAAAGGGGUGAUGCCUGAUGUGUACACCUUCACUUGUUUAGUACAUGGAGAUUGUAUGGCUGGUAGAGUAGAUGAUGCGAAGAAGCUGUUCGUUGAAAUGCCUCAGACAGGUUUCGUUCGAAAUGUGUUAAGUUAUACAACUAUGAUUGCUGGCUUGUCGAAAGAGGGAAGAUCAGAAGAAGCUUUUAAGUUAUAUGACGAGAUGCAAAAGGCGGCUAUUUUGCCUGAUGACACCUUGUACUCUUCCCUUGUUGGGAGUCUUCAUAGUGUUUAA